AUUGUUAGGGCGGAGAGAGAAGUAUCUUGUCAGUUUAUCCAAAAUCUUUGUUUAUACCUUAAUGUUUGAAUACGCCCCGGCCGCGCAGUGCAGUCUGGGGCUACGGGCGGUGUUAUUCUCGGGACGUCCCUACCUAAUUGAUGUUGACAUUUCAAAUGGUUAAUGUAAGGCUAGGGACGAUUCAAGCAUUCUGCAUAGAACUGACCGUGAGGCGACUGUCGCAACAAUCUACUUGAAAUGGAUGUGUUCCUUAUGAUCCGGCGUCAGAAGACCACCAUUUUCACAGACGCCAAAGAGUCCACCACCGUCUACGAGCUGAAGCGCAUUGUAGAGGGAAUUCUCAAGAGAGAGCCUGAGGAACAGAGGCUCUUCAAGGAUGACCAGUUGCUAGAAGACAGUAAAACUCUUGGCGAUUGCGGCUUCACCAACCAGACUGCAAGACCUCAGGCCCCAGGCACUGUUGGACUGGCUUUCCGAAUGAGUGAUGAGAUGUUUGAGCAGCUGCAGGUGGGGGCAUUCUCCAGCCCUCCAGAGCUCCCUGACGUCAUGAAACCCCAAGACUCUGGCAGCACUGCCAACGAACAGACUGUGCAGUGAUGGAGGGAGGCAUGGAGGGAUCGGGGAUGGGAGAGGGCUGUCUACAAAAACAGCCAAGGAGGUAUAUAGGUGGCAGGGUAGAGGAAUAAUUUUGGGUUAAGAUGGGAUGGGGCAUGUUUAACCAAACCAGGUUACUACCAACCACCUUCACCUUAACCGAACACUCCUGGAUCCCUGUGAAUGCUUUGCAAACAGCAGUUACUUUAUGAUAAGAACCCCCCUUCCUUGCUCCCCAGCCUUCUUGUCAGGUGUACCAUUCUGUUCAAACACUUUGGGAAUUAGUCUGACACAUGAGUGUCAGGCUCAAAUGCUCUCAUUUGAAUGAAAUAACUCUGUGUUGGUUUUGAGUGUGACUCUGUGUGUGUGUGCAGGGUGUGAAAUUAACUUUUUGGUCGACCAGACGUAGUGGUUGGUGGAUGCCCGAAUUUUACCAGCCACUCACAUUUUUCACCAGCCACAUUUCCCCCUGAAAAAAUGUAAAUCACAGAAAAGACUGUACCCCAUCAUGCUUUCACCACUAUAGCGUUGAGAUUCUAUUUUCCAGAGUUGACACGCAUAUUCACACUUAAAUGUUUUUUUUACAUGUGGGCUUUGGAUUUAGAAAAGAAAAAUGCACUCAAAUGCUCUGCAUGACCACCCGCCAAUGUGUCUGGUAAGAAUAGACAUUAUUCCAGGCAAUGCCAAACUACCAGCAUGUGGUUGGUGUUAAUUUACCACCCUGUAUAAGUGUUAGAUAAUUAUUGUUCAUACUAUUACUGUUCUUAAAGGAAAAAUCUACCCAAAACCGCUAAUUCUUAUAAUUUACAGUGUUAAAAGAACACUAUGUGAGAACAAUAUUUAAAAUUGUGUCGUUAUAAUAAGGUUGGUAGCAACAGGUGGAAAUCGUUGUGGAAAUCUUGCAGCUCAAGUCGACUACAAACCCCCCAAUGGAAUGGUCUCUAUGGGCUGGCUACAGUAGCUAGGUAGGUAGCUAGCAAGCAAGCAAACGUAGCUACAUACAAUAAUGCCAAAGUCAAUAUCAGCAUGUGAAGUAGCUAGUUAUCUGUAAAUUCGCCUAAAGAAACUGCACUAUCAAUUUAGGAGUCUACAAUCUCACCAUGUUCAACAUGCAGAUCGACGUACCUCACAGAGGUCUGACAUUCGCAACGGCACCAUGCAAUACUCCCUGGACUGAAGAGGCAGACAAAUAUGAGAAAUGUGCUGGACCCUCUGAAAUGACACAUUUUUCGAGGUAGGAUUUUUGCUAAAUUAUGAUCAGUGGUUCAUUUAAGAGAAGACUACCCCUUGCGUUAUGACAUCGGUAAGUAUUGAAAUCUGACCAAUGAUAGAUGUUUUCGCGAUCUGAAAGUCAUAUUCCUAUUAACUUCCAGUGUAAUGAGAGCGGCUUUAUUGCAAUGCUAUGUCUUACUGGCCAAAUUCCUGCCUGCUUGAAUGGAAAUAGUUCAGAUACACAAGAUAACAUGAAAAGACCCUGGUAAUCGAUAGAACAUCGCUCAGAGAUGCACAAAAAUAUUAUAACAUUCAAAAUGGGUGAAACUUUCCUUUAAAAUGGCAAAGUAGCAUUUGUGUGUAACAAACAAUGUACUGGAAAAAAAUGUGCAUGGGUUAGGAGUCAAAUGUUAAAACGUGCAAACAUGCAUGAGAGAAUCCCAUUGUAAAGAACAAGAAAAAAGACUAAUGGUGAAAUCUCCACCAUCUUAUAGUCUUUCAUCAUAAAUUAUCUUUGUGUUCCCCAGUUCUCUUCUCUGGGCCACAUUCAAAAUAGUCGUGGAUGUUGUGGAACGGUUGCAGAUAGAAUUGUCAUGAAUAGAUCUGACGUGAUGGCUUAUUUUACACAAAGAGCAGCAUGUUUGUUCCACAUCAUAUAUUUUUAUCUGAACACACAGUUCCAGUGUGCUUUUCUGAAUAGAUUUCUUUUUACACUUAGACCUGGAAGGAAAACUCAUUUACACUGUAAGGUAAAUGCUGUUUACACUGUAUAGCAUCGUUAUAGUUUAUUUUAUGUAAUGUGGAAAUUCUUACAUUUUCAGCCCCUUCACUCUUGUUUGUUUGCACUGAGACCAAAUGCUUGGAACUCCUGGACUAAGCAGGAGAACCGGUUGGUUGAGGACAUCUUUUUGUGACAUUUAAAGCAAAACUUGGCAAAAGAUGUUAUCAGCAUUGGACUGGUCUUUGGGGUGGCCUGCCAUACAUCAGGUCAUGUGACAUCAGUUUCCACCCCAAAUGAAAAAACAUAGACUGUAACUGUGAGCUUAAAUAAACAUUUGUUUAUUUUUUAAAA